AUGCCAAAUGACCGUGUUGAUGCAGAAAUCACACUAUCUGUGGACAUCGGCAACACUAUUGAAACCAGAGUAAAGGGUAAGGAUGGAGAGAAAAAAAUAACAAAACAUAUGAUCACUCAACCAAAGUCAUAUGGCCCUUUUAAAAUAUCUGUACCGAAAUUAGAUGUUAUGGUAUAUACAUUGUUGAAGAAUAAUUUUACUUUGCUUUUUGCUCAAACAAUAACGGCCAUAGGCUGUAGGAUAAUCACCCACGAUAAGCAAUUCUUCAAAGAUCACAAGGUGGGCGCCUUGAAACUGGAAUCAUUCUUUCUGUCAAAACAGAGGCAGAUCGAAACACAUGGCGAAAAUACUUGUGUAUUAGACUAUGUUCGGGAUCAAUGUCGUGGUAAAAGAGGGUUCAAAACAUACAAUUGUGACAUAUUGAAAGAAGAGAUGAUAGAGUAUGCAUCUGAUUUUCCUUUGACUUCUACUCAAGAACUCAUUAAUUGGGCUAAAACCAGUCACAGUAGUAAUGUUUCCAUUCAUGCAUAUGAUGCUACGUGCCGUAAACUUACUAUUUGCUGCUGUAUGUCUGGUCUAUUUUGUAAAAGACCACCAUUGUUACCCAGUCACAGAUGA